CUCUUUUGAUCCACCAAGAAGAGGGCAACUGGACUGCUCAGCCAGUUUUACAGAAUGAGGAGCAGUUGUACAAAAAGAAGGGAACACUAUUAGAAUCAUCUUUGACCUGUGCAUUUGGAAAUAUCAUCUAUUGAGAUAUAGAAAAGUGAAAAUCUUUUUUUCAGAACAAUGAAUUUCAUAAAGGAGAAUAGUCAAGUGCUCAUUCAAAGGAUGGGAAUGACUGUUAUAAAGCAAAUUGUGGAUGAGCUAUUUGUGUGGAAUGUUCUGAAUUAUGAAGAAGUAAGUGUCAUUUGCUGUGAGAAGGUUGAGCAGGAUGCUGCAAGAGGGAUCAUUCACAUGAUUCUGAAGAAGGGUUCGGAAUCCUGUAACCUCUUUCUCAAAUCCCUUGAAAAAUGGAACUAUCCCCUGUUUCAGGACUUGAAUGGACAAAGUCUUUCUAAGCAGAUGUCAGAAGAAGUCUUAGAUGAUUUGGCUCAGAGUCUAAAGUAUUUAUACAAUACUCCAUCUUUCCUGAACUUCUAUCCUCUGGGUGAAGACUUUGACAUUAUUUUUAAUUUGAAAAGCACCUUCACAGAACCUGUUCUAUGGAAGAAGGACCAUCACCAUCACCGAUUGGAGCAGCUGACCCUGGAUGGGCUGCUAGACACUCUUCAGAGUCCCUGCAUCAUUGAGGGGGAAUCAGGCAAAGGGAAGUCCACUCUCCUGCAGCAAAUCGCCAUGCUCUGGGCUUCCGGAACGUGUGGGGCUCUCACCAAGUUCAAAUUAGUCUUCUUUGUCCGUCUGAGCAGGGCCCAGGGUGGGCUCCUUGAAACUCUGUGUGAUCAACUCCUGGAUAUACCUGACACCAUCAGGAAGCAGACUUUCAUGGCCAUGCUGCUGAAGCUACGGCAGAGAGUUCUGUUUCUCCUUGAUGGCUACAAUGAAUUCAAGGCCCAGAACUGCCCAGAGAUUGAAGCCCUCAUAAAGGAGAACCACCGCUUCAAGAAUACGGUCAUUGUCACCACCACCACUGAGUGCCUGAGACACAUCAGGCAGUUUGGUGCCCUGAUUGCCGAGGUAGGGGACAUGACAGAGGACAGUGCCCAGACUCUCAUCCGAGAAGUGCUGAUGAAGGAGCAUGCUGAAGGCUUGUUGCUCCAAAUUAGGAAAUCUAGAUGCUUGAGGAACCUGAUGAAGACCCCUCUCUUCGUGGUCAUCACUUGUGUAAUCCAGAUGGGGGAAAGUGAGUUCCACUCCUACACACAAACAACACUGUUCCGCACCUUCUAUGACCUGCUGAUACAGAAGAACAAGUACAAACUUAAGGGGCUGGCUGCAGGUGACUUCGCUCAGAGCCUGAACCACUGUGGAGACCUAGCUCUGGAGGGUGUGUUCUCCCACAGGUUUGAUUUCCAACCAGAGGACAUGUCCAGUGUGAACGAGGAUGUCCUACUGACAACUGGACUCCUCUGUAAAUACACAGCUCAACAGUUCAAGCCAAAGUAUAAAUUCUUUCAUAACUCCUUCCAGGAGUACAUAGCAGGACGCAGACUCAGCAGUUUGCUGAAGUCUCAAGAGCCAGAGGAAGUGACCAAGGGGAAAGGUUAUUUGCAGAAAAUGGUUUUCAUUUCAGACAUUACAUCCAAGUAUAGCAACCUGCUCCUGUACACAUGUGGAUCAUCUCCUGAAGCCACCAGGACUGUUCUGGAACACCUUGCAGCAGUGUAUCAACAUGGCAGCCUCCUUGGGCUCUCCGUCACCCAGAAGCCUCUCUGGAGGCAGGAGUCUAUACAAAAUGUGAAAAACACCACCGUGCAAGAAACUCUGAAAGCCAUAAACAUCAGUUCCUUUACAGAGUGUGGCAUUAAUCUAUUCCAUGAGAGUAUAUCCAAAUCAGACCUGAGUAAAGAAUUUGAAGCUUUCUUUUGUGGCAAAAGCUUAUAUAUCAACUCAGAGAACAUCCCCGAUUACUUAUUUGACUUCUUUGAACACUUGCCUAAUUGUGCAAGUGCUCUGGACUUCAUUAAACUGGACUUCUACGGAGAAGCUAUGGCUUUGAGGGACACGACCACAGAAGACACAAGCAGGACUCAGGAAGGGUCCUCAGAAACCUACAUUCCCAGCAGGGCUGUGUCUUUGUUCUUCAACUGGAAGCAGGAAUUCAAGACUCUGGAGGUCACACUCCGGGACUUCAGCAAGUUGAAUAAACAAGAUAUCAAAUAUCUGGGAAAGAUAUUCAGUUCUGCUAAAAACCUCAGAUUGUGCAUUAAGAGAUGUGCUGGUGUGGCCGGAAGCUUUAGUUUGGUCCUCCGCACCUGUAAGAACAUUUAUUCUCUCAUCCUGGAAGCCAGUCCGCUCACCAUAGAAGAUGAGCAGCAUAUCACAUCCGUGACAAACCUAAAAACCUUGAGUAUUCAGGACCUACAGACUCCACGGCUGCCAGGUGGUCUGACUGACAGCUUGGGUAAUUUGAAGAAUCUUAUGAAGCUCAUACUGUACAACAUUAAGAUGAAUGAGGAAGAUGCUAUAAAUUUAGCUGAAGGUCUGACAAACCUGAAGAAGUUGUGUUUACUUCAUAUGACCCACUUGUCUGAUAUUGGGAAGGGAAUGGAUUACAUAGUAAAGUCUCUGUCAGCUGAACCCUGUGACCUUGAAGAAAUCCAAUUAGUCUCCUGCUGCCUAUCUGCCAAUGCUAUGAAAACCCUAGCUCAGAAUCUUCACAAUUUGGCCAAACUGAGCAUUCUUGAUUUAUCUGAAAAUCACCUGGAAAAGGAUGGAAAUGAAGCUCUACAUGAACUGAUUGACAGGCUGUACAUCCUGGAACAGCUGACUGUGCUCAUGUUGCCCUGGUGGAGUGAUGUACGAGUUAGUCUGACCAGGCUGUUGGAGCAACUGGAGGGGGCCCUGCGGCUCAUCAAGCUUGGGCUGAAAAACUGGAGACUCACAGAUGCGGAGAUUAGAAUUCUAGGUGCAUUCUUUGAAAAGAAACCUCUGAAAAACUUCCAGCAGCUGGAUUUGGCAGGAAAUUGUGUGAGCAGUGAUGGAUGGCUUGGCUUCAUGAACAUAUUUCAGAAUCUUAAGCAAUUAGUUUUUUUUGACUUCAGUACUACAAGAUUUUUACCUGAUGCAGCAUUAGUCAGAAAACUUGGCCAUGUGUUAUCUAAGUUAACUUUUUUGCAAGAAGGUAGGCUUGUUGGGUGGCAGUUUGAUGAUGAUGAUAUUAGUGUUAUUAAAGGUGCUUUUAAACUAGUAACUUAAGGGGCGCCUGGGUGGCGCAGUCGGUUAAGCGUCCGACUUCAGCCAGGUCACGAUCUCGCGGUCCGUGAGU